AUGAGUUUGACUGUGCCUAAAGGUGCUCAUGCAGAUUACUUUCAAGAUGCCACCCCACCACCCCCUUUCGCAAGCCUAGAUCCACUCCAUCACCCACUUUCACAAGCCUGGAUCCACCCCACAACCCCCUUUCACAAGCCUGGAUCCACUCCACCACCCCCUUUCACAAGCCUGGAUCCACUCCAUCACCCACUUUCACAAGCCUGGAUCCACCCCACAACCCCCUUUCACAAGCCUGGAUCCACUCCACCACCCCCUUUCACAAGCCUGGAUCCACUCCACCACCCCCUUUCACAAGCCUGGAUCCACUCCACCACCUCCUUUCACAAGCCUGGACCCACUCCACCAACCCCUUUCACAAGCCUGGACCCACUCCACCACCCCCUUUCACAAGCCUGGAUCCACUCCACCACCCCCUUCACAAGCCUGGAUCCACUCCACCACCCCCUUUCACAAGCCUGGAUCCACUCCACCACCUCCUUUCACAAGCCUGGACCCACUCCACCAACCCCUUUCACAAGCCUGGAUCCACUCCACCACCCCCUUUCACAAGCCUGGAUCCACUCCACCACCCCCUUUCACAAGCCUGGAUCCACUCCACCACCCCCUUUCACAAGCCUGGAUCCACUCCACCACCUCCUUUCACAAGCCUGGACCCACUCCACAACCCCUUUCACAAGCCUGGAUCCACUCCACCACCCCCUUUCACAAGCCUGGAUCUACCCAGCAGAUUACCAUGCUAUGGAGAUUACUGACAAGCGUGUUAUUGGUGAUCACUUUACUGGAAAGCCAGUUGGACUUGAUAUUGUACAUGUAGUUCCCUGGCAAACGAGUGCAUGGGGAGCCAAGCCUGUGCCCCUCGAAAUCUGCCCCUGGCAAACGAGUGCAUGGGGAGCCAAGCCUGUGCCCCUCGAAAUCUGCCCCUGGCAAACGAGUGCAUGGGGAGCCAAGCCUGUGCCCCUCGAAAUCUGCCCCUGGCAAACGAGUGCAUGGGGAGCCAAGCCUGUGCCCCUCGAAAUCUGCCCCUGGCAAACGAGUGCAUGGGGAGCCAAGCCUGUGCCCCUAGAAAUCUGCCCCUGCCAAACGAGUGCAUGGGGAGCCAAGCCUGUGCCCCUCGAAAUCUGCCCCUGCCAAAUGAGUGCAUGGGGAGCCAAACCUGUGCCCCUCGAAAUCUGCCCCUGGUAA